AUGCAGAAGCAGCUAAAAUUUCGGACUCCGGCAUGUCUCAGCUGUCAGUGGAGCAAGCCUCAACGACACCAAAAAACCUAUGUCGGCACCUUCCCCAGCCCCAAAAAACAAGUUCACCCGGGCAUUAAACGUUCCUUGCUCUUGUCCAACGACUGGUCCUAUCUGCCGACUUGUGUGGAUCGUUCUGUUCGGUGGCCGGAAGAUGUCACUGUCCCCGACAUUGGUGCUUCACUCUCAAGUCGGAUUGUAUCUGUUCCGCCACUGAACACUGUCCGACUGCCCGGUGAGACGAUAUCGCCAACCCCUCCAGUUGCGGUCUACGAUCCUAUUAACCAUCUUCACCGUAUUCGACAGUUCAUGUGGACGCUCUCCACGGUUCCGUCCAGGCCCUCAAUCUCCGAGUCCUAUCUUGAGGAAGACGGGCAGCAUUCUCUUACGUCUAUAUCGAUUUAA